AUGUUUUUAGUUAUUGAAGCCUGUACGCUAGUGCUGGCGUUUAUUCACAAAAAUUACCCCCAAUUUGUGCUUACAGGCAAAGGUGAACGAGUAAGCGUUGGCUGGUUCCUGGCCUCCAUCCCAUAUAUGUGGGCCUGUCUGGGAAUCGGUUUGUCAGUGGCACUUUCCGUGGUAGGAGCUGCUCUAGGCAUUCACACUACAGGCACCAGCAUUGUGGGGGGUGUAAAAGCUCCACGUAUCAAGACAAAGAAUUUGAUUUCGGUUAUCUUCUGUGAAGCUGUAGCUAUUUACGGCCUGAUCACUGCCAUCGUUUUGUCCGGUUUAUUGGAUUCGUUCACGAUGGCAGCAGCAUUAGAAAACCAAACUGUAAUGAAUAAUAAUUGGUUUGGAGGAUAUGUAAUGUUUGGAGCCGGUCUAGCAGUAGGUCUAGUCAACUUGUUCUGUGGUAUCGCUGUUGGCAUUGUUGGUUCCGGUGCUGCGCUAGCUGAUGCUGCUAAUUCUGCAUUAUUCGUGAAAAUUUUGAUUGUGGAAAUUUUCGGUUCAGCUAUCGGUCUUUUUGGUCUGAUUGUGGGUAUCUACAUGACAUCUAAAGUGAAAAUGGGUGACAAGAAAGAUUAAAUUAACACAAAAGAGGACAAUAGAAGGUGACUUAAGCCAUCAGUAUCGCAGAUGCAAAAACCACUGAUGAGUCCAUUGGCACGCUCUUCUUUGUUUUAACAUUAUACUUAAUUUAACCUCGUGCUGAAUGUACAUACAUAUUUAAAUUAAAAAACCUGCAAAAAUAAGUGAAUCAUUAUAUAUUGCAAACAAUUCUCACACUACCCAAUUCAUUCCACGUUAGACCAAUCAAAUU